AUCGUGAUUAUUCACAUGCAUGCAGGAGAAGUCACGACAGCACUUUGUUUUCCUGCAACCCUCAACAAGAAAACCGCUUUAAACCUAAACCACACACUUUCUUCUCCAUUUAUUAAUUCCUCCACUUCACUCCAUGCAUGCACCAUAUUCUUGAACCUCACACACAUGUACAGUAGCAUGGCUGCAACCAACGAAGCAGAAGAAGCAGCAGGAGGCAAAAGGGUCCAAUACCCACUGGACUCUUCCUCCUACAAGCUCCUGAACGAGAUCGGCGAAGGCGUGAGCGCCGUCGUCUACAAAGCCCUCUGCAUCCCCAUGAACUCCGCCGCCGUCGCAAUCAAAUCCAUCGACCUCGACCGCUCCCGGCCCGACUUAGACGACGUCCGUCGCGAGGCCAAAACCCUAUCCCUCCUUUCCCACCCCAACAUCCUCAAAGCACACUGUUCCUUCACCGUGGACCGCCGCCUCUGGGUGGUGAUGCCGUUCAUGGCCGCAGGAUCACUUCAAUCCAUCAUUUCUCAUUCCCACCCCAACGGCUUAACGGAGCCCUGCAUCGCCGUGGUUCUCAGAGACACGCUCAACGCACUCUCCUACCUCCACGGCCAGGGCCAUCUCCACAGAGACAUUAAAGCCGGUAACAUCCUCGUAGACACCAAUGGGCAAGUGAAGCUCGCUGAUUUCGGUGUCUCCGCUUCCAUAUACGAGUCCACCACCACCACGUCUUCUUCUUCGUCUCUCAAGUUCACCGAUGUUGCCGGCACGCCCUAUUGGAUGGCUCCUGAGGUGAUUCACUCACACACGGGUUACAGUUUCAAGGCUGAUAUAUGGUCCUUUGGGAUAACCGCGUUGGAGCUUGCGCAUGGAAGGCCUCCCCUCUCGCACCUUCCACCUUCCAAGUCCAUGAUGCUCAAGAUCACCAAGAGGUUUCGUUUCUCCGAUGAUUUCGAUGACAAGUAUAGGAAGGGGAAUGGGAAGAAGUUCUCUAAGGCGUUCAAGGACAUGGUGGCUUCUUGUCUCGACCAAGAUCCUUCCAAGAGACCUACUGCUGAUAAGUUGCUCAAACACCCUUUCUUUAAGAACUGUAAGGGAACCGAUUUUCUGGUGAAGAAUGUGCUGCAAGGGUUGCCCAGCGUGGAGAAAAGGUACAGGGAGAGCAAGGGUAAUUUGCAUGAAGAUGAUGAUGAUGGUGAUGAUGAUGAUGAUGAUCCCUCCAUGCAGGUGAAGCAGAGAAGGAUAAGUGGGUGGAACUUCAAUCAAGACGGCUUGGAGCUUGACCCUGUGUUUCCAAACGAUGUUAAAGAGGUUCGGUUUGGAGGAGAAACGGUUAUCCAACAAGCUGCAGGAAUGGAAAAAGUGAACAACAACAGUAGCAGUAGGGAAGGGAUGUUGGCGACUCUGAAUGUAUUGAAAGGGAGCCUGGAGCAAGAGCUGUGGCAAGUGAAGUUUCUGGUGAAUACGAUACAAGGAGAUCAUCACGACACUCAAGUUCCUGAGGAGCAGGAGAUUUCUAGGCUGAGGGCUCAAUUGGAAAAUGAGAGGAUGAAGAACUUGCAGUUGGAGUUGCAGCUUCAGACCUCCAAGCUCCACCAGAAAUCUGAUUCCAACUAAAAUCUGAUUCCAACGAUCAUACAUCUACCAUAUGUAGAGGAAUUCUGUGUACUUUCUGCUCCUGUACCACUUAUAUUAUGUGUGUCAACGUCAAUGUUUGUAUUUUUAAUUGAAAGAUUAAAUUUCUGUUGUACGGAUUAAUGUUACACUUACCAUAAUUUUUUAUAAUUUGUCUUUUAUCUUUUUCUUAUCA